AUGGCUUGUACUGAAAAUGUCCUUGGAGACCAUGCCCCUUCAUCUAUAGUGGUAGCUGUGGACAAAAAUGGGAACCGGGAGCUGUGCUGCAACAUUCCCCUGCAAUGUCCGACUUCCAUGCUGAAGAACAAUGCAGAGACCUGGGGCCACCCUCACGUCCCGCUGAGACCUCCUGUCAAUGGGCUGACCGAUCUGGAAAGACAGCAACUGGAGCGUCCCUCUAAGAGAACAGGAUCCUACAUUCCUGUCAAUAGUUCGAGAGCUCUCAGACAUCUCUAUGUGCCACCACCUGCUGUUGCAGAAGAGUCCCUAGCAACAGUAAAAGUAAAUAGCUCUGAGGGGUUGGCAAGUCACAGGCAGAAGGGACAAGAUUCUAUUAAUGUGUCCCAGGAGAUCUCUGGCAGCCCUCCUGCACUGAUGGUAGGAGGCACAUGGGUCAGCAGUGGGAGCACUGAGAGAGCUGGCAAUAAUGCAAAGCUAUAUGUGACUUUGCCACAAGGUAAAGGGUUCUUUCCAGCCAGGGGCCCACAAGUAAGAGCCCCCCCACAUAUCCCCACUCUUAGAUCGGGGAUAAUGAUGGAGCUGCCUUCAGGAAACACUAGAAUGGCCUGUAAAGGAAGGCUGGCUUGUGUUUCUUUCCCACUUGGGGACCCACGACACCGUGUGGAUAAUUGGCCAAGGCCUAUACCUUUGUCUUCCAGUACCCCAGGUUUACCUUCUUGCUCUACUGCUCAUUGUUUCAUACCUCCUCGACCUCUGAAUUUCAAUCCAUGUCUUGCUAUGCCUAUUGCUUUUGCUCCUCCCCUGAUAUUUGGUCCUCCACUACCUUCUUAUUUUACCCAUUUCUGUUCUGGGGGAAUGCCUGCCCCUGCAUCCUCAAACAGAGAGCACAACUGA